UGAUGAUUAUUAUUAAGUAUUUAAUUCAUUUAUAUGAUAAACAAAAAAACACUUAAAAUAAAAAAGUAAUAGCUUGUUAAUUAAUUAUAAACAAAAACAUCCUGUACAAACUGGAUAUAAUCCAGGACACAUUGCCUAAUUAAUGUCAGAUCCUCGACACUUCCGACGCAUCUCGUGUCAGACCUCCUGUUGUCUCGUCUUUCUGGGCGUCGCUCUACUCAUCGCCGGAAGUAUAGCCCGUUUCGUGGCCGGCAAUGACAGCCCACCCUCCAAGGAAUUUGACACCAAAUUCUUUAACGAUGCCAGGAGUGACUUUGCCAAAGGUCCCAGAUUUGUAGGGGGAAUACUAUUGAUAAUUGGUUCGACAAUAACCGGGGUCUCUAUCAUUGGUUUUAUAGUGUCAUGCUGCUUUUAUGCUAAAUACAAGAGGGAAAGGCAUUUAGUGACAACGGCUCAGCCCAUGCCUAAACCCAUUCCACUCUUACCUAACAUGGCUGGUGCCUAUCCACACGCACCUACACCUAUACCGAUACCCGUAUCAAAUGUCGACUAUCCAUAUAAUAUAUGUUAUCAGUACCCGGGACCUGUUGUAUCAAAUGGUGCAUAUUAACGUUUUUAUUCAUAAACAUAUUGUUUCAAUGUUAUCACUUAUAGCUGGGCUAUUUUUAUUACGCAUAUCAAGUCUAUGUGCCAUAAGUACUACUAAACUACA